GUGAGAUAACAGUUACCUGUAUCAGUAGCCAGCACCUCUGGAGCGGCGCCAGGUUGUGGAGGAGUCAGACGGUGGCGCCACAGUGGGCGCCAUACAGUUCCCCGCCACACAGUGUGUGUGUGUCACGUGUAAACACAGGCGGCAGCGGCGGCCUCUCAUAUUGUGGAGCUCUGCUCCUUAACACCUUCACAACGGUUCUAACGUUGCCGCAGAAGAUCCUGCAGACCCUCAGGUCCCCAGGAGGACCUCUGCAGCCACCAGACUCCAGAUGUGAGGACCGUUCUGGAGUGUUUGAGCUGACUCCUGGAGCGUCGUGGGCCUUCUGGAAGGAUCUCAACACCCGCCAGCACAGUUGUCCCCCUACCAGGACACCUGUGGCUCGCUCAGCCUCAGCUGGUGGCGUGUGUGGAGGUUCCCAGGGAAGAACCCGGGCCUCCAGGUCCUGUUCCAGCAGCCCUGAGCUGCGUCGGUGUGUGUGGGCUUCCGUCGCUCAGUUGGAGGCUGGCACAGCCUCGCACUCCAGUGGUGGGGGUCGAUGUUCCCCACCUGUCCUCCUCCUCCACCAGCCUGGCCAUAACGCGGCCACCUCGCCUCCAGGAGCCUCCGGAUUGGCCGUCCACAACACUUUCUCCAACUCCAAAUCGUCGUCGUUCAGAAAAAUGCCCAAACCAGCAGUGGGGAGGUCGCUGACGUUGAGCUUGAGUGUGCCGCCACCACUCGACCCUGAGCGAGGUGACGGUCCUCAGUCUUCACCACCCACACCUCACACGCCCUCGGGCUCCGACUCGCCCACCGGGUACCAGACCUCCGCCCCGUCCUCGCCCACCGGGUACCAGACCUCCGCCCCGUCCUCGCCCACUGGGCACCAGACGUCGCGUAAACUCCGGCGAAAGUGCCGAGCGUCAGGGGAGCGGGGAGGAAUGGUGGAGGGAGAGAAGGGAGAGAGAGGGAGGAGCAGGGUGGCGUGGCUGCCGCGGCAACAGCAGGAGAGAAGUGGCCAGCCGGCAGCAGUGCCGCCGUGGGCGGAGCCUGAUGCACAGCCGCCCCCGCCGCCCUCGCAGAUCUACACCAACCUGUCCCCGUCGACCCCCCGCAGGAGCGUGAUGCAGGCCGCCUCGCCCGUCGCCACCACCCAGCCUCACCCGUCACCCACACACUUCAACCGCCCGACGCCCGGAGCCAGCCCCAUCAUGCUCCGCAGAUCUCUCUUUCGCGACGUGGACGGACCAGCCCGGGCCAGGUCCGUGGACUCCAUUACCCGCUCGGCUCCCUGGGGGGAGACGAAGCUCCGGCCAACCCCACGGACCGAGUCCCCAGCCAGGGGCCCCCCGGGGGCUCAUCUGCCACCCUGGGCCACUGUCACGGCUUCUUCACCCGCCAUGGGUGACCAGCCACAGGUGCCCCCGGGGAGGGGUGACCAGCCACAGGUGCCCCCGGGGAGGGGUGACCAGCCACAGGUGCCCCCGGGGAGGGGUGACCAGCCACAGGUGCCCCCAGGGAGGGGUGACCAGCCACAGGUGCCCCCGGGGAGGGGUGACCAGCCACAGGUGCCCCCAGGGAGGGGUGACCAGCCACAGGUGCCCCCGGGGAGGGGUGACCAGCCACAGGUGCCCCCGGGGAGGGGUGACCAGCCACAGGUGACCCCAGGGAGGGGUGACCAGCCACAGGUGCCCCCGGGGAGGGGUGACCAGCCACAGGUGCCCCCUGGGAGGGGUGACCAGCCACAGGUGCCCCCAGGGAGGGGUGACCAGCCACAGGUGCCCCCGGGGAGGGGUGACCAGCCACAGGUGCCCCCGGGGAGGGGUGACCAGCCACAGGGUAGCGUGUUGUCAAGAACGACAGUAAUAUCGUCGUUGAGCCAAGAGUCAGUAAGGGAGAGGCGGGUGGUGUGGCAGAGGGAGGUGGCCACACCUCAGCCACCUCCUCCCUCAACAGCUUCACAGUUUAUUGCCAGAGAACCUGGCCCCGGGGGGCAGGGCAGCGAGGGUCAGGGUGCCCCAGGCCCACCUCACCCCAGUGGCCCACAGAAAGAUGCCCCGGGCAAGCAACUAGACAAGAGCUCACCGACACCAUGGCGUAAGGCAAGUGGCGGCCAGGUGUCCGCUGGCCAGGUGUCCGCUGGCCAGGUGUCCGCUGGCCAGGUGUCCGCUGGCCAGGUGUCCGCUGGCCAGGUGUCCGCUGGCCAGAUGUCCGCUGGCCAGGUGUCCGCUGGCCAGGUGUCCGCUAGCCAGAUAUCCACUGGCCAGGUGUCCGCUGGCCAGGUCUCCGCUAGCCAGAUGUCCACUGGCCAGGUGUCCGCUGGCCAGGUGUCCGCUGGCCAGGUCUCCGCUAGCCAGAUGUCCACUGGCCAGGUGUCCGCUGGUAAGACCGCCCCUGCACACUACCCACGGCAGGAGGGUGACGCCAGUGCUGUUCCUGCCGCUGCCACAGACAGCCACCAGCCUCAGCCACCACAUCACCUCACUGGCCACAGAGCGCCCUGGAGGGCAGCACCACCUGCGGCAGAGCAGCACCCAGCUGGUACAUCGGCUGCACCAACUGGCACGUCUGACACAACCAAAGAAUUACCCAAAUCGCAAACAGCGGCGGAAGAAGACAUCAAGAGGGAGGCAGGUGACACCGUGGCUGACUGUGAGCCCAGCUGGCGCAGACAUCAGCACAAGAGCCGUCCAGCGGCGUCGUCUGCUGCUGCUGCACCUCAGCAGACCACCGUCAAACCCGCCUCCGCUUCACUGCCUUCUCUGAAGAAGUCCACAAUUGCAGACAGUCCCUCAUCUCCUGCCCCGGAUGUAACUAAGCUUGCCCAGUCUGUCCCCUCUCCUCUAACCAAACAAUCAUCACCUGUACUCACAUCUGCCAACAAGCCUGGCUCGGCUGGCCCUACAUCUGCAAAGAAACCUACUUCAGCUGGCCCUACAUCUGCAAAGAAACCUAGCUCAGCUGGCCCUACAUCUGCAAAGAAGUCUGCCUCAGCUGUACCUACUGAAAACAAGCCUUCCUCAGCUCUGCCUCCUGAAAACAAGUCUGCCUCAGAUGUACCUGCUGAAAACAAGCCUGCCUCAGCUCUGCCUACUGAAAACAAGCCUUCCUCAGCUCUGCCUACUGAAAACAAGCCUGCCUCAGCCGUACCUGCUUCAAAAAAGGCUGCAUCAACUCCACCAAGUGAGUGUGCCUCGCCUGCGCCUGUUGCCGCUUGUAUCACUGCUGCCAGCGCCUCAGUACCAGCGGGUAUGGUAAGAGGUCCUCCAGCAGCCCCGUCAGUGGUGAGUGUGGCAGUAAGUGAGGACAAGGCUGGUGUCGAGAGAGAGGUCAGGUGGGGCACUAGUCCACCACUGGCAUCCCCUCUCACAACCACCCACUCACCCAUACCGUUGGCACCUCCCCUCGCCGCCGUCUCCACCCACUCUCCCACGCCGCCACUUCCACCUAAAUACACUGCCGCAGCUGUCAUUAGCGCCCCAACAGUGCCACAAGUUGGCAAACCUGCAGGCACCCCGGUGCUGCCCACUCCCGCCCCCGUUACUACACAGCCUAUGCGCACCCCACCAUUUUCCAUUUCGUCUACACAGCCACAACCAUUAGCAGCGUCAGGGGGGUCACCUGUCCCCUCAGUGUCUGAGGCAAGGGCGGCUGAGGUUUGCUUAGCUGAGGACCCACACGCUAUGCCAAUUCCAACGCCACCGCCGGCACCAGAUGCUAAACUUCUGAAAGGUGGCGGCCGGAUACUAAGCUUGUCAGGUGGUGCUGUAUCUCCAGAGAGUAGUCCAAUCCCUGCGAGAAAGGACGUGUCAGGGGCGAGUUCUGCAGAGUUCCAGAAGGAGCCAGCAGCUGUAGUGAUAUCCCGAGACACAAUGAGACCCCCGCAGCCUGAAUUUCCGCCUCCGCCACCAGAGGAGCAGAUUGAAAUACUUUCAGGCUCCGGUGACUCUGCGAUACUACCGCCUCCAGGCUUCAGCCAUGAGGCAAACACGGGGGCACCCUCGGGCUUCACGACGCGUCUGCCGUGUGUGUCUGAGCAAGGAGAAGGUAUUCAGUCACCAGAAUAUGUGCGAGAGUCUGUCACGAAGCGCAUUAAGGCCUUUGAAAAACAGGCGUCAAAAGAAGAGGAGCCUCCUUUGGUCGAACGGCAAUUGCCCAUUGCCCGGCCUGUGGCCCCGUGGGUGAAGCGGACGUCAUCGGGGCCCGUGCAGCAGGAACGGUUCUGGGACAUAACUUCACCAGAGUCCGAGGACCCCGAAGUCACCUGGCCAGGACCACCAGCAUCCAAGGAAUUCGAAAGAACGAAAUCACCAUCGAGAGCCGCUUCGCCCAGAGAGGCUCA